AUGAUCUCGAAAGUAACAAUGCAAGUGUCCCUGAUCGCUUUCCUGUUUGCACUGACGUCAUGCUCGGGGAAAAUUUUCGAUAGCGGCGAAUCGGAACAAAGAGGAUUUUCCGAUUCCAUAUUACGUAUACUAGAUUUCAUUUACCCAAAAGAUGAUUCGGAUUCAAAGAUAAUGAAAGAGAUAUUUACCCUUCUAGUGGAGGAUGGGCCACCCAGUCUAGAAAGUGGUAUUGACGCGUUGGAUUAUUUACUGAAAUGA